AUGAGGAGCCCAGCUGCUGCCCUGGACCUGGUCUGGAUCCUCACUCCUCUCCUUCUGUUUCUGGUCCAAGCAACCUGGGCAGUGGGUAGCACUGACCCCGGGCAGGGGUCUGACCCCUGCGCCACACUAGUCCUUGGCAAAUUCUUUGGCUAUUUCUCAUCAGCCUCCGUCUUCCCAGCCAACGCUUCCCGCUGCUCCUGGACCCUGCGGAAUCCUGACCCACGGCGUUAUACCCUCUACAUGAAGGUGUCCAAGCCUGUUGGGCCUUGUGGGCCCUGGCCUGUUCGCACCUACCAGUUUGACUCUUUCCUGGAGUCCACACGCACCUACUUGGGAGUGGAGAGCUUCGAUGAGGUCCUACGUCUCUGUGACCCUUCGGCCCGUUAUGCCUUUCUCCAGUCCAACAAGCAGUUUCUGCAGAUGAGACGGCAGCAGCAGCUGGGGUCUGAUGAUCAGGCCCUGGUCUCUGCGUACCCAGGCCCUGAUGCAGAAUUCUCCGUGGAGUACUUGGUGGUGGGCAAUCGCAGCCCCAGCCGGGCUGCCUGUCAGAUGCUUUGCCGCUGGCUGGAGGCCUGUCUCGCUGGCAGCCGGAGCUCUCAUCCCUGUGGCAUCAUGCAGACCCCCUGUGCCUGCUCUGGUGGGGAUGCCCCAGACCUAGCAGUUGGUGAGAACCCUUCCCGGGGGGAUGACUGCCUGAGGGAUGGCACUGAGAGCCCAGAGAACUGCCUCACCAGCUUGACCAAGGACCGAGGAGGGGACGGCAGGACUGGUGGCUGGAACCUUUGGUCCCUGUGGGGAGACUGUACUCGGGACUGCGGUGGAGGGCUCCAGACCCGGAAGAGAACAUGCUUGGCCCUCCCUGGCCAUGGUGCAGCUUGUGAGGGUGUCCUUGAGGAGGGCCGUUUGUGCAACAGAAAGGCAUGCAAUACCAGUGGAAGAUAUAAUUCUAGGAGUCAGUCUUUGAGGUCCACAGACACCCGAAGGCGAGAGGAAGCUGAUGACCUGCAGCAGUUUGGAUACCCAUCCCCCCAGACAGGAGACCCUGCAGCAGAGGAGUGGUCCCCUUGGAGCGUCUGCUCGACUACAUGUGGUGAGGGCUGGCAGACCCGGACACGUUUCUGCGUUUCCUCAUCCUACAGCACCCAGUGUAGUGGACCCCUGCGGGAGCAGAGACAAUGCAAUAACUCAGCUAUCUGUCCAGUUCAUGGGACUUGGGAUGAGUGGUCACCCUGGAGUUUGUGUUCAUCCACCUGUGGGAGGGGCUUCCGGGACCGUACCCGCACCUGCCGCCCACCUCAGUUUGGAGGCAACCCUUGUGAAGGUCCAGAGAAACAGACCAAAUUCUGCAAUAUCGCCCUGUGCCCUGUGGAUGGCAACUGGAAUGAGUGGUCAAGCUGGAGCUCCUGCUCAUCCAGUUGUUCCAAUGGCACCCAGCAGCGCACAAGGGAGUGUAAUGGACCCUCUUAUGGAGGGGCUGAGUGCCAGGGCCACUGGGCUGAGACUCGUGAUUGCUUCCUCCGGCAGUGCCCAGUGGAUGGCAAGUGGCAAGCCUGGGCCACUUGGGGCAGCUGCAGUACCACAUGUGGCGGGGGCACCCAAAGACGUGAUCGAGCCUGCCUAGGCCCUUUCUUUGGGGGUGAAGCCUGCCAGGGUCCCAAGGAGGAGUACAGACAGUGCAGCCAAAGGAGGUGCCCUGAGCCCCAUGAGAUCUGCUAUGAAGAUAAUGCUGGUUCCAUGGUCUGGAAGGAGACUCCAGCUGGGGAUGUGGCUGCCAUACGGUGCCCCCGAAAUGCCACAGGCCUCAUCCUCAGGAGGUGUGUGCUGGACGAGGAAGGCAUCGCCUACUGGGAGUCCCCCACUUACAUCAAAUGCGUCUCCAUCGACUACCGGAACAUCCAAAUGAUGACCCGAGAGCACCUGGCAAAGGCUCAGAGGGGGAUUCCAGGUGAAGGUGUGUCAGAGGUGAUCCAGACACUGGUAGAGAUCUCUCAGGAUGGGACCAGCUACAGUGGGGACCUCCUCUCCACUAUUGAUGUGCUGAGGAAUAUGACGGAGAUAUUUCGAAGAGCCUACUACAGCCCUACCCCAGGUGACGUGCAGAAUUUUGUCCAGAUUAUAAGCAACCUGCUGACUGAAGAGAACCGGGACAAGUGGGAGGAGGCCCAGCUGAUGGGCCCCAAUGCUAAGGAGCUCUUCCGCCUGGUAGAGGACUUUGUCGACGUCAUUGGCUUCCGCAUGAAGGAUUUCCGAGAUUCCUACCAAGUGACAGACAACCUGGUACUCAGCAUCCACAAGCUCCCCGCCAGUGGUGCCACUGAUAUCAGCUUCCCUAUGAAAGGCUGGCGUACCCCUGGUGACUGGUCAAGGACAUCUGAAGACAAGGUCACUGUCUCCAAGAGUGUCUUCUCUACUGGUCUUGCAGAGACUGAUGCCUCCUCUGUGUUUGUGAUUGGCACCGUUCUCUACCGGAAUCUUGGAAGUAUACUGGCCUUGCACAGGAAUACCACUAUCCUCAACUCGAAAGUUAUCUCUGUGACUGUAAAGCCUGCCCCUCGAUCCCUGCAAACCCCUCUGGAGAUUGAGUUUUCCCACAUGUACAAUGGCACCACGAACCAGACUUGCAUCCUUUGGGAGGAGGCUGAUGUAUCUUCCUCCUCCUCCUCCUCCCAGCUCGGCCCCUGGUCCUGGCGAGGCUGCCGCACGGUGCCCCUCGAUGCUUUCCGAACCCGCUGCCUCUGUGACCGCCUGUCCACCUUCGCCAUCUUAGCCCAGCUCAGCGCUGACGGGAACAUGGAAAAGGUGAUUGUCCCCUCAGUCACACUCAUCGUGGGCUGCGGCGUGUCCUCCCUGACCCUGCUACUUCUCAUCAUCAUCUACGUUUCUGUGUGGAGGUACAUCCGCUCUGAAAGGUCUGUAAUCCUAAUCAACUUUUGCCUCUCUAUCAUCUCUUCCAACGCCCUCAUCCUCAUUGGGCAGACCCAGACUCGAAACAAGGUGAUCUGCACACUGGUGGCUGCCUUCCUCCACUUCUUCUUCCUGUCCUCCUUUUGUUGGGUACUCACCGAGGCCUGGCAAUCCUACAUGGCCGUCACCGGGAGGCUUCGCAACCGCAUCAUCCGCAAGCGCUUCCUGUGCCUCGGCUGGGGGCUUCCUGCUUUGGUCGUGGCCAUUUCCGUAGGAUUUACCAAGGCGAAAGGCUACAGUACGGUGAACUACUGCUGGCUCUCCUUGGAAGGGGGACUGCUGUACGCCUUCGUGGGACCAGCUGCUGCCGUUGUCCUGGUGAACAUGGUCAUCGGGAUCUUGGUUUUUAACAAACUUGUGUCCAAAGACGGGAUCACAGAUAAAAAGCUGAAGGAACGGGCAGGGGCCUCUCUAUGGAGCUCCUGCGUGGUGCUGCCACUCCUGGCCCUCACCUGGAUGUCUGCCGUCCUAGCUGUCACUGACCGGCGUUCUGCCCUCUUCCAGAUCCUCUUCGCCGUCUUCGACUCACUAGAGGGCUUUGUCAUCGUGAUGGUACACUGCAUCCUCCGGCGUGAGGUCCAGGAUGCUGUGAAGUGUCGGGUGGUCGAUCGGCAGGAGGAAGGAAAUGGUGAUUCAGGGGGAUCUUUCCAGAAUGGUCAUGCGCAGCUCAUGACUGAUUUUGAGAAGGAUGUGGAUAUGGCCUGUAGAUCAGUAUUGAACAAGGACAUCACAGCCUGCCGAACCUCAACUAUCACGGGGACGCUGAAGCGCCCCUCUGCCCAGGAUGAGGAGAAACUGAAACUCAACCAUCCGAAGACCCCCUCUAACUUUAACAGUCUUCCCACCAACGUGUCCAAGAUGCACCUUCAGGGAUCACCCCACUAUCUGGGUGGCGUCAACCUGAGUGAGUUCGCCAACCACACGCUGACUCUUAAGAAAGACAAGACCCCCAAGUCCAUCUAUAUCUGUGAUGGGGACAUCUUUAAGAAGCUGGACUCUGAGCUGAGCCGGGCCCAGGAGAAGGUGCUGGACACCAGCUACGUGAUCCUGCCCACCAACACCGCCACCCUUCGGGCCAAGCCCCCCAAGGAGGAGGGGAAGUACAGCAUCAACAUUGACCACAUGCCCCAGACCCGCCUCAUCCACCUCAACAUGGCAGCUGAUCCAGGCUAUGGGGUGAAGAGCCCACCCCGAGAGCCAGCCUCCUGUCCCGAGGCCCAGGCCACAUCCCUGACUCCUGCACAGCCCCCAGCCCCACCCUCAGCACCACCCCCACCUCAACAGCAACCCCUUCCCCCACCCCCAGCCCCACACAAUCUGGCCCCAGAGCCACACCCCAGCAGCCUAGGUGAGCCUAGCAGCGAAGGAGCACCCACGGGGGUAGUGAACAAGGGUGAGACAGUCUCCACGCUCUCCAUGAGCUCCCUGGAGAGGAGGAAAUCUCGGUAUGCAGAGCUGGAUUUUGAGAAAAUAAUGCAUACCCGGAAACGCCAUCAGGACAUGUUCCAGGACCUGAACCGCAAGCUGCAGCACGCGGAGAAGGAGAAAGAGAAGGAGCCACCUGUUGCAGAGAGUAAGCCAGAGAAGCAGCAGCAGACACCGAACAGAAGGCCUUGGGACAGUGUCCGGAAAGGUCAGACGACGCCCGCCUGGGUGAAAAAAGAGAUAGACCUGCUCCCACCUUCUCCGCUAGAACUCAAAACUGUGGAGUGGGAGAAGACCGGGGCUACGAUACCUCUGGUGGGACAAGACAUCAUUGACCUCCAGACUGAGGUCUGA